AUGUCUUUUCCCGACCCGAAGACUUACGUUCCCGCCACUGCUCCUUGCAAACGCGGGCCAUCUCUUAACGUCCGUAUCCCCCAGGAAAUUCGAUUCGAUGCAGAGUUCAAGCGCACCAUUGACAUCCCAAACCUGAGCCUUGAUGACCUCGUUGAAGAAGUCUCCAAGCAACCUCUUCCGCAAUACGCUGCCUACUCCCGCGAACUCGCCCAAGUCUCUGGUUUCGCCAUGGAACAUUCAGGCGACCACGGCAAGAUGGAUUAUCUCCACUGGGAGAUGUGCCACGGUUCUCGGCCAGCCGGUCCUUGGGAUCUGUGCCCCUGCGAAAACGUCAUUUUCGAAUUACCUGACCUGGACGAGGAGCCAUUGACCAUCGAGGAGUUGGAGCAACGAAUGUACGGGCCGCAGGAGAUGUUUGACGCCUCUUCAAACUAUGGCCCAGUCACGGCUGAGAUCAGCAGCGCUCUUUUGGAGGACUUCUUCAGCCCGUAUCCUGACCUCCCCGAGGGUUUCGCUGAGGACGACACGUCGGUCGCUGCGAAUACUAGAAACUCUGCAGCUUUGGACACAAACGUGCAUUUACAAUUCCCGACUCUGCGGAUUCCGACCUCCAACGAAGCUUUGAACCCCGCUGCCCCGUCUUUUCAAAUGACUGACAUUUCUAACAUACUGAGAUCUCCGGUGCAGUUCGAACAGCCUGAACAGCAGCAUAACGCUGGGCAAUAG